AUGAGUGCGCUCUUACUCCUCGCUCUAUUCGCCCUAGCGGCUUAUAAAUUUUUCUCACGCAAAACGAUUGCGUGGAAAAAGACUAGUAAAUACGGGGAUACUAAAAUGGCGGAAUUAAAACAGGCGCCGGGGCCGAUAGCUUUGCCUAUAAUAGGUAGCCUGCACCUUUUGGGCAAGCGUGAGUCCCCGUUCCAAGCGUUCACUGAUCUGGCUAAGAGCUACGGGGAUAUAUUCAGUAUAACGUUAGGUAGUACCCAGUGCUUAGUUGUGAACAAUCUUGAGUUGAUAAGAGAGGUCCUGAAUCAAAACGGAAAAUUUUUCGGCGGUCGACCUGACUUCCUGAGAUUCCACAAGCUUUUCGCCGGCGACAGAAAUAAUUCAUUAGCACUCUGCGAUUGGUCGAAUCUGCAGCUGCGUCGUCGUAACUUAGCACGUCGCCAUUGCGGCCCCAAGCAGCACACCGACAACUUCUCCCGCAUCGGAUCUGUGGCCACAUUCGAAUCUAUAGAAUUGAUCCAAACGCUCAAGCACAUUACGAGAACCACGGACGCGAGCAUUAACCUGAAACCACUCCUCAUGAUGACAGCUAUGAACAUGUUUAGCAACUACAUGUGCAACGUCCGUUUUGACACCGAAAACGACCAGGAAUUCAAGAAAAUCGUGGACCAUUUCGACGAGAUAUUCUGGGAGAUCAAUCAGGGAUACGCGGUCGACUUUCUACCGUGGUUGGCGCCAUUCUACAAGAAACAUAUGGAGAAGCUGUCUAACUGGUCACAGGAAAUCCGUUCCUUCAUUUUAUCAAGAAUUGUUGAACAGAGGGAGACAAAUUUAGAUACAGAAGGCCCCGAGAAAGACUUCUUGGAUGGUCUACUAAGAGUGCUACAUGACGAUCCAACUGUUGAUAGAAACACAAUUAUUUUCAUGUUAGAAGAUUUCUUAGGCGGUCACUCUUCAAUUGGUAACUUAGUUAUGUUGUGUCUUGCAGCUGUAGCUAGAGACGCUGAUGUCGGAAAGAAGAUUAAAGCUGAAAUUGAUGGCUUAACUAAAGGAAAACGAGCAGUCUCACUAACAGACAGGAGCUGUCUACCUUACACUGAGGCCACUGUCCUAGAAUGUUUACGGUAUGCCUCGUCUCCUAUCGUACCGCAUGUUGCAACCGAGAAUGCCGCUGUAGCCGGAUACGGCGUUGAAAAAGGAACGAUAGUCUUCAUAAAUAAUUACGAAUUGAACAAAUCUGACAAAUAUUGGGAUCAGCCAGACAAAUUUGAUCCAAGCCGCUUUUUGGAGCGAAGCAAAAUCCGCGUGAGGCGAAACUCCCAAUGCGACUCAGGUAUGGAAUCAGACAGCGAGCGAUCUGGCCCAUUAAAUAAAGCUUUAGAAACAGAGAAGGAAGUUGUUACAGUCAAAAAGAACAUCCCGCAUUUCCUGCCAUUCAGUAUUGGAAAGCGAACGUGUAUAGGUCAAACUUUGGUGACGACAAUGAGCUUCGUGAUGUUUGCGAAUAUCAUCCAAGAGUUCGAUAUAGCAGCUGAAAAUUUGGAGGAUCUGAGACAAAAACCGGCAUGCGUCGCGCUUCCAAAGGACACAUUUAACCUAUACCUCUUACCGAGAAAGCAUUAG